AGGCGCGGCGUGCAAGCCGGCCAGCGCAUUGCGAGCGUGAAAACACUGACCAUAGCCGAUGGCCUGCGGACGCCGCUCGGCGACUACACGUGGGCUGUCAUUUCCCAGCCCGACUAUGUCUGCGGCUUGUACGCCGUCUCGGAGCAGAACAUCAGUGAUGCCAUGAAACUCGUGCUCGAGCGCACAAAGUGCUUUGUCGAGCCCUCGGCCGUCGUUGGUCUGGCCACCGUGCUGUACAACGAGGACUUUAGGGCCAUGGUCCAGCGGGAGGCGGGAGAUGAGGGGUGGAACGUAGGUGUUGUGUUUAGCGGAGGUAACACGACGAUUGAGGCUAUCACCAAGAUAUUUGCUCAUGUCCCCGAGGCAAAGGCUGAGAGACAUGAGGGUGUGGUGGGCAGGGAUGCAAGUAGCCAAGUGGAGAAUGUUGCGGGAUGA